AUGAGUAGCAUCGCUUCGGAUCAUAGGCCAGACCACGCCAUGACUGGCGCUGAAGAUAUCGCCACUACCUCCACCAAAGAUGCCCCUUCACUACCUAACACCACCAGUGCUCCCAAACCAUCGGUGCCCUCCAUGCAAACUCCAGGCCAUCCUAGCUUUAGACGGCAACGGGCGUCGCGUGCUUGUGAGACUUGCCAUGCUCGAAAGGUUGCCACCUCCAUCCACGAUCUCCAUCCGACUAGUGUGCGGGGGAAAGAGAGCGAUGAGCGACCAGAUACCGGGAGCGGAGUCAGUGUUGACAGCACGCAAGGCGCCAAAACAGUAGAAGGAAUGCCCGAGACUAGCUUGACCGAGGCUCAAGCUGCCCAGCAAGCUUCCCACAACGCCUCGUAUGCCCAAUUCAUGAAACCAAAAUUCGCCCGCGCCCCCAUAAAGGAAGCAGGGAGGGUAGCAUACCUUGGAGAAUCGUCGAACCUUUCACUACUUGUCCAUGAUCGCCAUGGUACUACUGAUGUUGUACAUUAUCCGCUACCGGACGGGAUAAGAGGCUCGCGCGCACGACUGACAGAGGGCGCAUUCCUACUCCCACCCCGGGCUCUAUGCGACGAGCUCGUAGACGCGUACUUCAGAUGGGUUGCGCCUGUUGUGCCCAUCAUUAAUCGCAGCCGUUUCAUGCGCCGUUAUCGAGAUCCCAAGAAUCCGCCCUCACUUCUGCUUCUGCAAGCUAUUCUUCUCGCUGGGUCGAGAGUCUGUAUAAAUCCCCAGUUGAUGGAUGCGAAUGGAUCGACUACGCCCGCAGCUAUGACUUUUUAUAAACGAGCAAAGGCACUUUAUGAUGCUAAUUACGAAGACGACCGCGUUACCAUCGUGCAAGCGUUGGUUCUGAUGGGCUGGUACUGGGAGGAUGUCACUAAAAAUGUCUUCUAUUGGAGUAGAGUUGCGACUGUUGUUGCCCAGGGAUCUGGAAUGCACCGAAGCGUGGAAUCGUCCCAGCUAAGCAGACCAGACAAGCGGCUAUGGAAACGGAUAUGGUGGACACUCUUCACACGCGAUCGAUCCGUUGCCGUCGCCCUUGGGCGUCCCGUAAACAUCAACACUGACGACUCCGACGUGGAGAUGCUUACAGAGGAUGAUUUCAUCGAGGAUGAGGUCGACAGCGUCGCUGAAUACCCGCCCGAUCCUAUCCACGUUCAGUUCUUCCUCCAGUAUGUGAAGCUCUGCGAGAUUAUGGGCCUCGUAUUGUCUCAGCAAUACUCUGUCGCUUCGAAGUCGCGGCGUACAAAUGCCAUUGAUCUAACUCAUAGUGAUAUGGCGCUGGCCGAUUGGCUACAAAAUUGCCCGAAGGAAGUUUACUGGGAGAGGCCUAGGCAUCAUUUCUGGUCCGCCUUGCUGCAUGCAAAUUACUAUACAACAUUAUGUUUACUACAUCGUGCGCAUAUGCCCCCAGCCACAUCUAUAUCUGGAAACUAUGGAUCGGACGGGAUGACAUACCCGUCUCGCACGAUUGCUUUCCAAGCCGCUGCUAUGAUUACCUCCAUUGUCGAGAAUCUGCAAACACAUGGAGAACUUAAGUUUACCCCAGCAUUCAUCUUAUUCUCCGCCCUUAUCAUGCAUGUAUACCAAAUGCGCUCAUCCGUCCCCAGCGUUGUCUCCCUAAGCCAAGAGCGAAUCAACAUCUGCAUGCAAGCCCUUAAGGAUGUCUCGAAAGUCUGGCUUGUUGCGAAGAUGGUACACACGCUCUUCGAGUCCAUCCUGGGUAACAAAGCCCUCGAAGAACGCCUCCAGAAAGCCGCCGGCAAGCGACACCAGCGCGUCCGACGCGACCAACCGGCCCCCACAAUACCACCCUCGUCAACCACAGCAGCACGACGCCCUAUAGAAGCCCCCAAACGCAAAUUCGACGACAUGGAAAUUAGCCUCCCCAACGGACCACCGGCUCCACAGGUUUCCUACGAGCGUUCUCGCCCGCAAACACCCGCCGUAACACCCUCUCGUGAAAUGCCCCCGACUCCCGCUGGCUCGGCAAUGGCCGCCCCGCCAUCCCAACAUCCUCCGCACACAUCUUCAACCGCCCAACACCAACAGUCGCACCAGCAGCAACAGCAACAACAACAACAACAACAACAACAACAACAACAACGGAGCAUAAACCACGAUACCUUCCUCGGCGCCGCCGGUAGCUCCGACGGCAGUACCCGUCCCGACUCACCGUCUCAGUUUAACCCCCCUUUCAACAUCCCAGCAACCCCCCCCGACCUUUUCCUCGUCACACGCAACUCCCCCAACAUCUCGCAAUCGCUCUGGGAAAACUUCCAGCCAACCCAACUCUUCCCCGACGGCACGAAUAUGUCAUUCGCGGGCUUUUCACCCCGCAGCGGCGCGGCUAUCGACCCACAGCUGCAGCAGACGCCCAUGAUGGGCAGUAUGGGUACUCCCGCACUCAGCCCCGGCCAACAGCACUCACAACUACACCAGCAGCUACCCACACGAGGGCUACGCGAUAGCCCCACCAUGGGCAUGCAUCAUAUGCACGGCAUGGGCCAGCCGUUGCAGCAGCGGCAGCAGCAGCAGGAGCAACAUCCGGGCGGGGGCGGGUGGCCUUCCAUGCAAGGGCUGGAUGGGCAUAUGGCGCCUACAACGAUGGAGUCGUCGAGUCAGGAUGACAAUUGGAGUACGUCGUCGCGAGGGCAGAUGCCAAUUCCGCCGACGUUGAAUGUGGAGGAUUGGUUCCAGUUCUUCGGGAUUAAUGCGGGUGUGGGUUAA